AUGGAUCCAAAUUACAAAGCUCGCAAAGAGGCCUUUGUCUCAGGUCUUGCAGGAGGAAGCAUCCUGGAAAUCAACGCCGUCACCCUGGUUGCUUCGGUAUCCGUUUUUCUGUGGUCAAUUCUACAAUCUCGCCUAUCCUUCUUCACUCCCUACAGCGCCGCCGCCCUCCUCGUUGAUUUCCUGCUCAAUGUACUAGCUAUCUUGUUCGCAACCACUUUAUACUCUUCGGCGCCUCUUCUUCUCAAUCUCCUUCUAAUAUCUCCCGCUCUGCUGAUACUCCUCUCUACGAAACGUCCUCGGGCACCAGUCAAAGCGAAACCUCCUCACCAGUCCGCUAUAGCUGGGAAAGAUGAGCCGAAACAUGCGACAGCCUUGCCAGAGUCUCUACCAAUUCAUCCAUUUCUCACGACCUAUCGCGCCGCCAUGAUGAUUGUCACAUGUAUCGCUAUUUUGGCUGUCGAUUUUCGCAUUUUCCCUCGCCGAUUCGCCAAGGUAGAAAACUGGGGUACGUCACUCAUGGAUCUGGGCGUUGGAUCUUUUGUCUUUUCGGGCGGAGUAGUAUCCGCUCGCUCACUCCUCAAGAGCAGGAUCAAUGGCUCUAAAAGAUUGCCUCUUGCCCAGAGGUUGAUUGCGUCGACGCGACACUCUAUACCUUUGCUUGUCCUCGGCCUGAUUCGGCUAUACAGCGUCAAAGGCUUGGACUAUGCGGAGCACGUCACCGAGUACGGCGUACAUUGGAACUUCUUCUUUACGUUGGGGCUUUUGCCUCCGUUUGUGGAGAUCUUUGACGCCUUGGCUACUCUCGUUCCGUCAUACGAGGUUCUCUCCGUGGGAAUCGCCGUCUUGUAUCAAGUCGCCUUGGAGUCAACGGACCUAAAGAGCUACAUUCUCGUCUCCCCUCGUGGGCCAAGCUUGCUGUCCAAGAAUCGCGAAGGUGUCUUCUCCUUCUUAGGUUAUCUGGCGAUUUUUCUUGCUGGCCGUGCGAUCGGCAUUCGGAUAAUCCCUCGCGGGACGUCUUCCUCAAGAAGUCCAGAACAGGCCAGGAGGCGCGUAUUGACCAGCCUGGGGGUGCAAGCGUUAGCGUGGACCGCUCUCUUUGUGUUGAAUUCCACUUAUGCGAUGGGAUACGGAGCUAAUAUCCCUGUCUCGCGCCGCCUCGCUAACAUGCCCUAUGUCCUUUGGGUUUCGGCGUUCAACAACGCGCAACUCUUUGUAUUCUGCCUGAUCGAAACAUUCUGCUUUCCUGCAGUUCAUCGGACAACGACUCAAGAGAGCAAAUCUGAGCGAGUCAAUUUUGCUACGAGUCGAAUCAUGUCGGCGUUCAAUAAAAACAGUCUUGCGAUCUUUCUUUUGGCCAAUCUUCUGACUGGGGCUGUGAAUCUGAGCAUCUCUACAAUUGAUGCUAAUACUGCGCAGGCCAUGGCUAUUCUCAUUGGAUAUUCAUCCAUCAUCACAGGGGUUGCUUUAGCGCUGCAUCAUACCAACAUCAAAAUACUGCCAUUCUAG